GCGGGACCGCAGCGCGGGAAAUGCAAACCGCGGAGAGGAAGCGACCGCCGCCGGUGAAGGUGCAGUCCGGUCAGCUGAGGACGGCAGAGAGCCGCGGGACGGAGGUCAGCGGGGACGGGUGUGUGGUCAGACUGGGCGGGGGUCGCUGUGUACUGGUGUCACUGGUGUGGAUGCAGGGCACCGUGCUGGAGGUGCAGACGGAGAGAAACAGCGCGCUGCUGAUGGACGAGACGGGCACGUUCACUGUGCGAGGCGUCAACAGCAUCCCGAGAGGGAAACCGUGUCUGUCCCCAGGUAAAUAUGUCAUGGUGAUGGGCGUCAUCAUGGCCGUCUCCCCGGAGCCGGUCAUCCGUGCCGUGAAGAUGGCAGACCUCUCUGAGCUCGCCGGGCUCCACAGAAGGAUGUGGAAGCUGGAGGUGGAGGAACUGCAGCAGCUUUUGGCCUGAAUGAGGAGCUGUUGUUGGAGAACGCCGCCUCGCUGGUGGCAGAACGACCUGCUCCCGUCACACUCGUCCAGCUGAGCGUGAAGCGUGGGAGGACUGAACAGUGGACGCUACAAGAGUGACAUGGACUUGGACAUGAGGAAACAGACUUGUAUUUGUGCAUUCAGUAUUUCCUCUGAAGUGGGUCGCUUGGCUUUCCAGGCUCCUACUCCAAGGAUGUCAGACUAAGAUGUUUAUACAAAUAUUAAAUAAAGAUGAAUCCUACUUUUCUCUACUUAAAUCUGAAUUCAGAUGUUUAUACAUACUGCACCAGGAUUAAAAGAGAUUUAAACUGUUAAAAACCUGUUUUUUCAAGGACAAGAUAUUAAAUUCCAUCUUGAUUUAUGCAGAAAAUAAUUAAAUCACAAAGCAAAAAUAUUAUCCAAGUUUAAA